AACCGGGGAUUGAAUGGAGGGGGAAGGGAAGGAGGUGGGGGCGCGCCUCAGGAUGGGCUGUUGUGGGAGAUGACGUAGGGACCGGCGACGUGGGGAGGGGGAGCAGCGGGGGAAGUCGUGGAGAGAUUAAGUAAUGAGAACUUGGGCCCAGUUUUUUUUCCAAGCCUAGAAAGGCAGAAUAUGUUCGUAUCCUUUCUGACCUCCCAAGCAUAUGCAAUGUUUUCCAGAUUUAGGAGACUUCAAAAAGGUGGGGCAGAUAGAAUGGAGAUGGCAAAGAUCUCUUUGGGUAUAUAUGGGCCUGGCGAAGUAAUGGAAUAAUUUCUAACUUUCGGAGAAGCCCUCAUGCCGGGAUGGCAGAAGAUGAGCCUGAUGCUAAGAGCCCCAAGACUGGGGGAAGGCCCCCUCCAGGUGGUGCUGAGGCUGGGGAACCUACCACCCUUCUUCAAAGGCUCCGAGGUACCAUUUCCAAGGCCGUGCAGAACAAAGUAGAGGGAAUACUGCAAGAUGUACAGAAAUUUUCUGACAAUGACAAGCUGUAUCUCUACCUUCAGCUCCCCUCAGGACCCAGCACUGGAGACAAAAGCUCAGAGCCAAGUACACUGAGCAAUGAGGAGUACAUGUAUGCCUAUAGGUGGAUCCGCAACCACCUGGAAGAGCACACUGACACCUGUCUGCCAAAGCAAAGUGUUUAUGAUGCCUAUCGGAAGUACUGUGAGAGUCUCGCCUGUUGCCGCCCACUCAGCACAGCCAACUUUGGCAAGAUCAUCAGAGAGAUCUUCCCUGACAUCAAAGCUCGAAGGCUUGGUGGCCGGGGCCAGUCCAAAUAUUGCUACAGUGGCAUACGAAGGAAGACCUUGGUGUCUAUGCCACCCCUGCCUGGACUUGACCUAAAGGGUUCUGAGAGUCCAGAAAUGGGCCCAGAAGUAACCCCAGCACCUCGAGAUGAACUGGUGGAGGCAGCCUGUGCCCUGACGUGUGACUGGGCAGAGCGGAUCCUGAAACGGUCCUUCAGUUCCAUCGUUGAGGUCGCCCGCUUCCUGCUACAGCAGCAUCUCAUCUCUGCCCGAUCUGCACAUGCCCAUGUGCUUAAGGCCAUGGGGCUUGCUGAAGAGGAUGAACAUGCACCUCGGGAACGGUCGUCUAAACCAAAGAAUGGUGUAGAGAACCCAGAGGGUUCACAAGCCCACAAGAAGCUGGAGAGACCGGCCCAGCCUCCUAAGGAUCUGGAAGCCCGAACUGGGGCUGGCCCUCUCGCACGUGGAGAGCGGAAGAAGAGUGUAGUUGAGAGCUCAGCCCCAGGAGCCAAUAACCUGCAGGUUAACGCCCUAGUGGCUCGGCUGCCUCUGCUCCUUCCCCGGGCCCCUCGCUCGCUUAUUCCACCAAUCCCAGUCUCUCCACCUAUUCUGGCCCCCAGGCUUUCUUCAGGUGCCCUGAAAGUGGCUACACUGCCUCUGUCUAGUAGGGCCGGGGCACCCUCAGCAGCUGUACCCAUCAUUAACAUGAUCUUACCAACUGUUCCUGCUUUGCCUGGACCUGGACCUGGGCCUGGGCCUGGGCCUGGGCGAGCUCCACCUGGGGGACUCACUCAGCCCCGGGGCACAGAGAACAGAGAGGUAGGCAUAGGUGGUGACCCAGGACCACAUGACAAGGGUGUCAAGAGGACAGCUGAAGUACCUGUGAGUGAGGCCAGUGGGCAGGAUCCACCAGCUAAAGCAGCAAAGCAGGAUAUAGAGGAUACAGCAAGUGAUGCCAAAAGGAAACGGGGGCGCCCUCGAAAAAAGUCAGGUGGAAGUGGGGAAAGGAAUUCUACCCCUCAGAAGUCAGCAGCUGCCAUGGACUCUGCCCAGUCCUCAAGGUUACCAUGGGAGACAUGGGGCUUAGGAGGGGAAGGCAACUCAGCUGGAGGGGCAGAAAGGCCAGGGCCAAUGGGAGAGGCUGAAAAGGGGGCAGUGCUUGCCCAGGGUCAGGAAGAUGGUACUGUUUUCAAAGGAGGAAGGGGCCCCAGUUCCCGGCAUACCAAAGAAGCAGAAGAUAAAAUUCCCUUGGUCCCCUCAAAAGUGAGUGUCAUCAGAGGCAGCAGAAGCCAAAAGGAGGCUUUUCCUUUGGCAAAGGGAGAGGUAGGCACUGCACCACAGGGUAAUAAAGACUUAAAGGAGCAUGUGCUUCAAAAUUCCUUAUCCCAGGAGCAUAAAGACCCCAAAGCAACACCCCCAUGAUAUAGGUCUAUGGGGAAGAGUGUUUAUAUCCCUACAUUAACUUUGCCUAGUGGAGGCCCUUCUCUGCACUUGCUUCUCAUUUGGCUAUUCUUUUCCUAAAGAAGUCCAUUCUCUUCUGUACAGACAGCUGAGUCAUCCAGUCUACUUAGUACCUGGUUGCUGCCUCUGACCUUUUCAGCUUGAUACCCUUGGCUUUAGUAUAACCAAUAAAUCUGUAGUGACCUUA